UACGCUGCUGACGUGUAGGUCGGGAAGUGGCUGUUGAGCUGUCUUUAGCCGUUAGCUGUUAGCACGUCCUGUUUACCUUAAACCUUUGUGACAGCUCGUAAUGAAAUCAGCUGUUUUGGUGUUUAGCUAGCCGGUGCAAACAAAGGAACAGACACUGAAGCUGUUACACAGGUGUGGUUUAAUGCAGCAGGUUUAUGAAGAAGUGUGAGUGAAUCAGAACACAGCCAUGGGGAAGAGGAGGGUUCCAGAUCUGUACAGAGCCCCCUUUCCCUUGUACUCCAUUAAAGUGGACCCUACAACAGGGCUGGUGAUCACAGCAGGAGGAGGAGGAGCGUCCAAGACUGGCAUAAAGAACGCAGUGCACUUCCUGGACUUGCAGUUGGUUGGUGAACAUCAGUACAGUGCCACACUUGUCCACUCCCAUGACACGGACACACGUGCCACUAUGAACAUGGCUGUAAAUAAUGGUGUCAUCGCUGCAGGCCAGGACGGGACCUGUUGCCUCUUGAAGUUUAAAACCUGUGGGGCUAAAGCUGCUGCUAAAGAGGCCGGGAACAGUGGGCAGCAAGGAAAUGCCCGGCGGCGAGCUGGGAAAGGAGACCGAGGUGGACCGGAUGGAGCAGCAGCGUCUGGAGAUACGGAAGACAUGAAGGAUGAGACUGCACAGAUCUCUGUGAAGGGCCUGGCUGAGGUACAGUCAGACCUGAACCCUCAGGAUCCACUCCAGAAGGCCGUCAGGUUCAGUCCUGACCUGAGCCUCCUGCUUACAGGAGGCACAGAUGGACACAUCCGAGUCUGGGAGUUUCCGUCCUUGAAGAAGAAGUUUGACUUCAAAGCCCAUGAGGGGGAGAUCGAAGACCUGGAUAUGAGUCCAGGAAACAAGCACCUUGUGACAGUUGGCAGGGACUUUGCCUGCAGCGUGUGGAGUGGGAACCAGCUGGCGAUGAGUCUAAAAUGGAAUGAAACCAUGCCACAGAUCGCAGACAAGACUUACCGCUACAUGGCUUGCAGGUUCGGGAAAGUUGAAGACCAAAAAGAUGCGCUGAGGCUUUACACAGUCCAGAUCCCCCAUAAACGAGACAGAAAACCUCCUCCCUGCUACCUCACCAAGUGGGAGGGGAAGAGCUUCCUGCCCAUGCUGACGUCUUCCUGUGGAGCUGAGGUCAUCUCCAGUCUGGCUGUCAGUGACUCAGGAACGUUUAUCGGUCUUGGAACAGUGACUGGAUCAGUAGCUAUCUACAUCGCUUUCUCCUUACAGAAGCUAUAUUAUGUGCAGGAGACCCACGGCAUCGUUGUGACAGAUCUGGCCUUCUUGCCCGACACCUUAAAAGGCAAAAACAUCAAAGGGAACAAUGAAGCAGCCCUGCUGAGCGUCGCUGUAGACAGCCGCUGUCAAGUUCACACCAUCGCCAACCGAAGCUCGUUCCCAGUCUGGCUGGUGCUGGUCGUCUGUGGCCUCAUGGUGGUGGGAAUCGUUCUCCUCCUUCAGUACCUCUUUCCAGGGUUUUUCUGAAUCCAGCAUUGUCAGGGCUGAGGGACAGAUCUUCACAUAGCCUCAGCGGUCGUCGAUCCAUCAUGUACACCUGUCAGUGUUGCAGCAGAGCUUCCAGUUGCACCGCUGACCCAAAAGAGCUUUGGCAAAGCCCUGAAAUCCCCGCCUCCUCCUGCACCCGGCUUGUACUCAGGGUUGUUCCUCUCAGACCUGUUCACCAGUGGAAUCAGGACAGACUGUGGGAUUUUACUUGCUUUGUUUAGUCUGUGUUUGUUUGAGUGUCAGGGCUCAGGUUCAUGAAUGUUUAAAGGGGAUGGAGCUUUUAUUGGAAUAUUUAAAGAACAUUGUACAAAUAUAUGAAUGAUUGACACAUGAUGUGUCUGAUUUAGUUUGUUUACACACAGACACUUUGGAUUCACCAAUCUCUGUGAAUUACACGUGUCCACUAGUGGGCAGCAGCGACCAGGUCGGUCAUCUAAUGACGAAAAGCUGCCUGAGAAGAUAAAAGUUCAUCUCAUCAUGUUAAAUGUCAUAUCAAAACCUACAUCUGCACACUCUGUACUAAUACUCCUAAACAUUUCUAUUCAAUGUUUAAACAUUUUUACACAUGAAUAAUAAGACAUUAUAAUAAGAAGAACCAUACUGUGUAAUUACUGUAUAGAGAUAUCAAUGAUACCCAAUAUAUGUGCAAAAAUGUGAAUGACACUUAUAAAUGAAGCCCUAAAUAUUAAUAAGAACAGCUGACAAAUUAAAAAAAUAAAAUUGGGGUUUAAUCUCAA